AUGUGGGAAAGUAAAAUAAACUUUAUCAAUAGUAAAUUUAAUCCGGAAGAACGAUUAAAACAAGCAAUUAAAUUUGUUUACGGCAAUUCCAUACCAUCUCAUGAAAAUAUUCUUAAUAAACUAUCGACCAUCGGAAAGCUAAUAAAAUCAAAAAAUUUGAAAGAAUUGGAAAAUGAAUUAAGAAAUGAUUUUAGUUAUGACGUGAUGCGUCUACAAGAACGUGCGAGACUGCAGACAAACACUUCUGCCUACACAUUAUCAACAAUUCGAAAUUUUAUUUAUUUGAACAAGCAAAUAGUGAUUGAUAAGCUGGAAGCUAUAAGCAGUGAGCAAGAAGAUUAG